AUGAAGUUUCUACUAUUUCUCGCCUCGCUGCUUCUCGUGGUGGAUUCUGUAAUGGUUGUGGUGAAUGGGAAACCCGACCCGUCUUCCAAAGCAAACCAAAAUCCCAACGCUACAACUUGGGAGAAAUGUGUGAAAUACUGUUCCGAGGAGGUCACAUGUUUGUUGGCAUACGACAACGAGGGAAAAUGUGAGUGGUUCCAACAUGAAAACAUCACAAAAGUCAAGCAGACUACUGUAUUGGAAGAGGAGAAGGUGGCGUUUAAGGUGAACAAUUUCUCCACCUCUUCCUGCCCAUCAGGACUCAAUCCUCCGACUUUCGACAACCAAGAUGCCCACGGUGUUCUUCUUAUUCCGGGGGAAUACGAUAAUCCAAAUCGAGUCAAUUACACAAUCAAGUACACUGCCGGAACUUGGGAGUUUUCUUAUUUCGAGCAAUACGCGUGUCCGACUGAUUUCUUUGUUCUUCUGCAACGAGAAAAUAUCCAGUGGUGCAUGUCAGUGGAAGUUAGCACGGACAGACCAUUCACCUCAUUCAGUUAUGAUGCUGCUGUGACGACUUGUGACAAUCAGAAUGGUUCGGUUUUAACCGGGGCAACAAAUGCAGCCGAAAUGGAGAAGAUUAAGACAAUGCUUUCAAAUUUACUUAGUUGGCGCGCGGUGCCAAAUGAAUCCUUUGCGCUGCGACUCGAUGGGAAGAGGACGUCGGCUUGCCAGGCAACGCCAAAAACGGCUAGUUGUAUGACUGAACAGGGUUUCACCUUCAUGGACCCCAACGCCCAAUUGGAUUACUACACCUGGGCGACUAAUGCAGGAGCCAGAACUUCUAGUGGAGAUGACUGUCUUGUUCUGAAGGCGGAGCUUGACAAGCCAAUGGUCGUUGAUGUGCAAAGCUGCACUUCUUACACUCAAUUCCCCGCCUACACGGUUUUAUGUGGAGUUGAAGCGUGGAAUUAUAGAACAGGAAAAUAA